AUGCCGCCGGCGAAUAAGAUCGUUUUCGGUCUUCUCACAUUCGUCACUAUCGGAAUGAUCAUCGGUGCUCUCUCUCAAUUGGCAUUUAUACGAAAACUGGAAGACUCAUAUGGUACAGAGGCUCAACCGUUUAGAAGAUUACGUGGAUUAGAGAGAAAAGAUUACCUUCGGUUGCCUGGAGGCAUUCCGUAUUGGAAUAAUGACAAGGAAGCAGAAAUAUUACGCCUUGGAUAUAUCAAACCUGAGGUGCUUAGCUGGUCUCCACGAAUUAUCUUACUGCAUAACUUCUUGAGUUCAGAGGAAUGUGAUUAUCUUAGGGCAGUGGCCCUCCCUCGUCUGAAAAUUUCAACAGUGGUGGAUGUAAAGACUGGAAAGGGAGUCCAGAGUGAUGUCAGAACAAGCUCUGGUAUGUUUUUGAAUGGUGAUGAGAGAAAAUAUCCCAUGAUACAAGCAAUUGAAAAAAGAAUUUCCGUCUAUUCUCAAGUACCAGUUGAAAAUGGAGAGCUUAUGCAAGUCCUAAGGUAUGAGAAGAAUCAGUUUUACAGGCCCCAUCAUGACUAUUUUGCUGAUACCUUCAACUUGAAGCGUGGUGGGCAGCGAAUAGCUACAAUGCUUAUGUAUUUAGGUGACAAUGUUGAGGGAGGAGAAACACAUUUCCCAAUGGCUGGUUCAGGCGAAUGUAGCUGCGGUGGAAAAUUGUCGAAAGGGAUAUGUGUGAAACCAACUAAAGGAGACGCGGUGCUUUUCUGGAGUAUGGGACUGGAUGGAAAGUCAGAUCCAGAAAGUGUUCAUGGAGGAUGUCCAGUACUCUCAGGGGAAAAGUGGUCAGCUACAAAGUGGAUGAGGCAAUCAGUUCAUCAUUGA